UAUCAUCGGGCUCAUGAGGAAUUAUAUUUAUUAGGAGUCAUCGAUGUCGGAAAGUACCUAACUAAUACGGAACAACAUCCAGUUUCAACAUUCAAAUGACACCCCACACAGAAGAGCAACAGCCGGUUGAACAAGUUCUUUUCUCCUAAAGUAACCGUGCUGCCAGAGAAAAGGGAUUUCUCCUAUCAAAUCAGAGCAAUGUCUCUGAAGAAACAUAAUUUAAUUUCUUAAUUACAUUAAAUCUUCACUCAUGGAUAUGUAAACCCCACCAUAAGGGAUGUCCUCAGGGAGAAGGGCUUUAUUUACCACAUCCAGGAAGUUUGUUACUAUAGGGUUUGUCAUUAACACAUGAUGUCUUGUUUAAAGAUGUCUCCAUCUUGUCUGGGUUGGUUUAUUGAUUUUGUUAAUGAUCCUGGGUGAAGGUGGGUAGAGUUGGAUGGUUACUCAGUUCAGUUUUAUGUUUUAACACUCACUUUUGUACACAAGAUGCUCUUUCUAACACUUGUUGGUGGAUUUGUUCAGAAUUAGUUGUCAUGAGAAGCCAUGGUUUUGCAUCAUUCCAACAUAUUUGGAAUUUUGGCUUGUUAGUGGCAGAAUACACUGUUAAACUUUGGUGUGGUUCAUGAUUCAUGUUUAAAUUUAAGUAAAAUUGGUAUCAGUCUAUGCCACCAGUUACCAGUUAGGACAGCCAGGGAAAUUCAUUUUCAAGUCAAGAAAAACAUGCAUUGUCUUGUGGUGAUUAGAAAGUUACCUGCGAGGUUUUAUGUUCUUGUCAUCUUUGUUCAUUUGGCCUUCAGAGUUCAGUGUUCUCCCUCGCACGUGUAGUCACUAGUGUGCAUUCAAGAUCCUGGGUGUGAUAAAUAAAGCCCUUCUCCCUGAGGGCAUCCCUGUUUUCCUCUUUAUAAUGGAAAUCUUACAAAAUAGUCCUUUCCUAAGAGGUCUGUGUCGUACCAGUGCACCAGCAGACCUACAAUAUGAUAAUACAAGUGAACUGUUUCGCAUUUCGACCUUCGCAAAGUUUCCCUCCUCAGCACCGGUGACCGAGAGAAGCCUUGCCCGUGCUGGUUUUUUUUACACUGGCACAGGUGAUAGAGUCCAGUGUUUCCGAUGCAACAUCACCAUUGACAACUGGCAGUCAGGAGAAUGUCCAGCCGAGAGGCACAAGCAAAUGUCCCCCAACUGCACUUUCAUUCAGAGCUUGCCUUCUACUGCCAAUCUCUUGUCAUCCUCUCAUUCAGCCUUUUCACCUCUUCGCAAUGCUACUAUCCUGCAACUAAAUAUUCCUGCAGCCACUUCAGCUUCAGGCCCAACAGAUGAGCAAGCUGGAUAUCUGAACAUGAGCAACCUUGCCCCCUCCAGCCCACUGUCAACUCGUGGUGUGGAAGACAUGUCCCAUCUGAGGCCACCUGCUUGCCACAAUCCCAGUAUGCGACGAGAACAGGAUCGCUUGGACACCUUUCAAAACUGGACACUUGCCACGAUCACCCCUGCCGAGCUUGCUAAGGCUGGUUUCUAUUAUCUCAGCCAAGGAGACAGAGUGGCUUGCUUCAGCUGUGGUGGGCACCUGAGUAACUGGGAGCCUGGAGAUAGGGCUUUAUCUGAGCACCAGAGGCAUUACCCAAACUGCCGCUUUGUGAGAGGUGACCGAGCUGAUAACAUCCCAAUAGCUGGUGGUUUGGCCAAUGUCUCCAACCCAGCAAUGCAGCAGUGUGAAGAAAGGCUGCUUACAUUUAUUAACUGGCCUUCAAGAAUACCUGUCCGCCCAGACCAGCUGGCCAAGGCUGGUUUUUACUAUGUUGGUCGUAAUGACGAUGUCAAGUGCUUCUGUUGUGAUGGAGGACUCAGAUGUUGGGAAUCAGGAGAUGAUCCUUGGGUUGAACAUGCUAAAUGGUUUCCCAGGUGUGAGUAUCUUUUGCAAGAAAAGGGGCAAGAGUUUGUUCAUCAGAUCCAAGCUAGGUUUCCAAGAUUGUUUGAACAGCUGUUGAACAAUGGAGACUCAAGAGAAUUUGUUGAUCCACCAGUUGUACAUUUGGGUCCUGGAGAAGAGCGCUCAGAAGAUGCUGUAAUGAUGAACACACCUGUGGUGAAAGCAGCGCUAGAAAUGGGAUUUGAGCGCAGUUUAGUGAAGCAGACGGUCCAGAGCAAAAUUCUCACUAGCGGAGAAAACUAUAAAACUGUCCAGGAACUGGUGUCUGAUCUGUUGAGUGCUGAAGACGAAAAAAGAGAAGAGGAACGAGAAAUGUUUGCAGAGGCAAUGGCGUCAGAUGGAUUUACAUUUUUGAAGAAGCACCAUGCUGCCUUGACACAGCGUUUGAAAAGUGUCCAGAGCUUAAUGGAUCAUCUGUUGGAGGAGAAUGUCAUUUCACAGAAGGAGUAUGACACCAUACGCAACUGCACUUCAGUCAAGCAGCAGACCGGUCAACUCAUCGACCUGGUCUUGUCAAAGGGGAAUGCAGCAGCAGAGGUGUUCCGCAACUGGAUCAAAAAGAAUGAUGUGUACCUCUUGAGAGAGCUAAUGGCCCAGACAAAUGAAGCUGUAUCACCGAGUCAAGAUCUUUCAGACUUGCCAAUGGAGGAACAGCUCCGGAGACUUCAAGAAGAACGCACAUGUAAAGUAUGCAUGGAUAAAGAGGUCAACAUUGUCUUUAUACCAUGUGGGCACCUGGUGGUGUGUAAAGAGUGUGCUCCUUCAUUACGCAAGUGCCCCAUAUGUAGAGGCUUGGUAAAAGGCACUGUACGUACCUUCCUUUCUUAACUGUACCAAGUGCUUUAGAUACAUACUGUCCGAACUGUAAUUGCAUAAUAAUAAAUAGUGUUCAGACAGGGUGUGAUUGGCAGAUUUAUUAAAGUCAUUUGAAAGUUG